CUUGCAACAUGCUAAAUCAUAUGCAAGAAAAUCGUUUUGUCUUUUAGAAAUAAGUGUUUAUAAUCGCUGCAGAAGUAAUUACGUUAUGGCAAUCGUCAAAAGUCUAUUGACAAUAUUUCUAUUAUUUGUAAUUAGUAAAGGUGUUCUUCUUCAAGAUAAUGAAACAGUGGAUGAUAAAGCAGUGAAAGCUUCUGAAGAGAAUCAAUUUCGUCUAUCAAACUAUGUCGUACCCAUUCAUUAUGACGUAAAAUUAAUACCUCAUAUUGUAGACAGUAAUUUCACCACUAAUGGCGAAACGAGCAUCGAUAUCGAAGUGCGCGAACCGACGAACACUAUUGCUUUACACGCCGUAAAACUCGCAAUAGACGAAUCGCUGACGAAGAUAACUCGUAAGGGCGUAGACGACGAGAAUUCUAAAUCGGAGUAUGUCCCGAAGCAGCAUGAAUAUAACGAGCAAACACAAAUUCUGACACUACGAUUUGAGGAGUCGCUGGAUGUCGGUACUUAUACGCUGCAUAUUAAUUUCAUAGGCGUGAUACUCCCGCACACGGAGCCACACGGAUUUUACAAAAGUUUCUACAUUGACGACAAAGGAAAUAAGGUAUGGUUAGCAGUAACACAUUUUCAACCAACUUCUGCGCGACAAGCGUUUCCGUGUUGGGACGAGCCUGCCAUAAAAGCAACCUUCAAAUUUUCCAUAAAACACUAUCCUAAUUACACAGCGUUAUCGAAUAUGCCAUCCACGCGAUCGGAAAUUGAUGCAGCUGACGGAAAAUUAUGGACAUACUUCGAGACAACUCCUAUCAUGUCCACCAACUUAUUAGGAUUCGUGAUCGCUGAUUACGAUUAUGUUUCAAAUCUAGACGGUACCAUCAAAAUAUGGGGCCCAAGACACCUUCUGUCUCAUGCUGCAUAUUCUCUCGACAUUAUUGAAAAGGCAACCCAGGAGUUGGAAAAAUUCAUCAAUAGCACCUAUCGUGUGCCGAAAAUGGAUCAUGUUAGCGUUCCACAUUAUUCAAGUAAAGCCACUGAGAACUGGGGCAUGAUUGCCUAUAAACAAAACGUACUUCUUGAAGACGAGAACUUACACUCAAGUACUGAUAAAAUAUGGGAUGUUAUGACAAUUACUCAUGAAUUAGCGCAUCAAUGGUACGGAAAUUUAGUCAGCCCAAUUUGGUGGAAGUAUCUUUGGUUGAGCGAAGGCAUAUCAACUUAUCUGAAAUAUUUUAUUACUGACAAGUUUCUCAAAGAAAAGCAAUUGAUGAAUUUUAUCAUAGUAUAUCAAGAAGAACUUAUGCUGGAAAUAGAUUCUUCUUCCUCUGAACCGAUUCACAUAAACAUCACUAGCCAUCUAAAUGUUCGUGAAGCGUAUUCUGUCAAAACUUAUGUAAAAGCUGCUUUCCUAUUGCGAAUGGCAUCACAUUUUUUGAGCGAAGAUGUGUUCCGAAAUGGUUUGUUACGAUAUCUUCAGGAACAUGAAUAUAGCAGCGCUACACCAGAUGAUUUAUGGAAAGCAUUACAAGAAGCUCUCGAUGAGUCAGAUGUUCCGCAUGAUGAUUUUAAAGUGAAAGAAGUGAUGGAUACUUGGUUCGAGCAAGCGAGGUAUCCUCUUGUUACCGUCAACCGAGAUUAUGCUACAGGCAAUAUUAAAAUAAGUCAAGAAAAAUUCAAAUACCAGACAGACAAUUAUAACGACAAGAACGACAAGGACGACGAGAACAACGAGGCAUGGUGGAUUCCUUUGAACUUUGCAACGCAAAGUAACUUAGACUUUACGUCUACGUUAGCCACCCAUUGGCUAAAACCACACGAUGAGUUUGUAACAAUCGAAGGAGUAGACAUUAACGACUGGAUUAUUGUAAAUAAGCACGUAACAGGAUAUUAUCGUGUAAAUUACGAUACAAAUAAUUGGAAACGAAUCGCUGCUUUUCUCAAUUCUGAAAACUACGACAAGAUCCCAGUUCUGAACCGUGCACGAAUUCUCGAUGAUGCUUUUUACAUGAUGGCAAAUAAACGGCUUGACCUUGCUACUUUCAUUGAAAUUAUAAAUUAUUUGUCACGUGAAACUGAUACUGCACCAUGGCACAGAGCACUCAUAAUCCUUGAGAAAUUAGAUAACUACUUGCAAUUACCCGAAGGAGCAGCAAUUAUUAAGCCAUUUGUAUCCAACUUGAUGCAUAAACUAAUGGAAAAAAUUGAUUUUGGAGAGAAUCUUGAUGAUGAUCUCUUGACUGAACGUGUUAAAAUCGACUUGUACCAUUAUGACUGUAUGUAUGGACUUGUUAAAUGUCCAACAGAAGCUACUGCUAAAUUAAUUGCAUAUAUAGAAGAUCCAAUCGCAAACCAACCAUCACGGAAUCAAAAAUUGAUGUUUUGUUUCGGUCUGAUGAAGGCCAAUGAAUCUGUCUGGGAUCAAUUUCUACAAAUAGAACAGCGAAUAUCAAAAUCUCAUAUGUUUCUUGGUUGUUCGGAAAAUUCGCAUAUUAUUGAAAAGCAUUUAAAUUCUCUUUCUGGCAAUGUGAAUACAUUUAUUAUGAUUCUCAUCCGUAACAUGAUCAAUAGUUUGCCAAACAUAGAUACAGCAAUUGAAUUUUGCAUCAAUAAUUACGAGAAAUUUGCUGAACAUGUCAAUAUUCCAUCAAUUCUUCGUUCUAUAAUUAUGAAAAGUUUCGAGGAAGAUCAAAUUAACAAGAUAAAACUAUUUGCUGAACAGCAUAAGAUCGAUAUAGAAAAGGAUUUACAGACUAGAGAAGAAAUGCUAGUCGUAAUGAAAGAUUAUUUAUCACAAUUUCGCAGCAUUUUGGAAAACAGACAACUCUCCAGCAUAUAACCAUUUUGCAUGCCUUCUGAGUCCGGUCUUCCAUACCUUGUGUGCUCAUUGAAUCGGGCAUUUUUAUUAAUUACACGAUAAUUAUUGCAAAUUUUAUAAAAUGUUACAUAACUUUUCUUCUCAGUUUGAGCCAAUCUACCGUAAUUUUUAUUUCGGUCCAUAACGAAUCUGACACCUUGUAUAUAAUGAACACAGAUUCGAUAAUUUAUGAUCUCACAAUAUCGUUGAACAGAUAAGAUAAAAUGACAUGAUUUGUAGAUUAUGACGUCUAUAGAGUUCACAAUUAUAAAAUCGUAUGUAUAAAAGAAUGUGAAAUAAAUAUGUCAUAUUCAAUACAUAAUUUAACACUCUAAAAAGUGUAAAGAUACAAAAGAUACUUCUUACUCAAUUCGUUCACAUAUCAGUUAUUAUAAAUAUCAAGCAAAAGUAUUAAAUUAUUGUUGCAAUUGCCAUAAUUAUGAAUUAAUUCUCUAUAUUUUCUUAAAAUUAAAUGCAUAUAAAGUUCAAUACUUUCUCUAUUCUUAUCCAUAACAUAAUGUAUGUAUCAUUUCUGCAAUAUCUAAAAGGAAACACAAUUCGAUUAAUAUUUAAAACCAUCAGAUAAUUGAUAUUCAAGAUUGUUUCGCUCAAAGGUCGCAAAACAAAUAAUUCUUUUUGUAAUAUUAAAAUAAUCUUUUAAUAUAAAACACAAAAGUCAUGUUAACGUAUAUCAACUACUUAGAAAAAAUUAAAAACUGGAUAAAAUAAUUUGUACUAUACUCAUAUUUGCAUCGUCGCUAAUAAUAUUAAAAUUUACGUUCUUGACAAUUGUAUAAUAAUAGAACGUUACUUGAGCUUUCAAGUAAAGAUUAUAUAUUUUAAAGACAAAGAAAAGAAAUUGUGUUAAAUAUAUUUAAAAGAAACAGA